UAAAAGUAAUUUUUUUUAUCAAGCACUUUAUUUCAAUGAAUCGGAACGAACACUAAAGAACAUGUCAUUCGACUCCCUCCAAAUCAGUAGCUUCACAAACACGAAUACCCUAUCGAAGCGAAGGGACACAAAACAGUUGCUGUCACAGUUGCGUUUUAGUUACAUCAUUCGAUACAAUUGCUCGGUAAACACGUUUCCAUUGCACUGUCCCUGUUAUUCGCGCAAACAUAUAUCGAAACAUGUCUUUGCUCAUCUAUCGGCAUACAAUCACUGCCACUUGUAUCGACAUUCGCGGAAGUAACUUCGUGUACCUGACACGUGCACUAUGACCGAAUCUAUAAUUCCGGAAAACGGCCGUGCAAUCGCAACCGUUUAUCUAUAAUUUUCUCAACGAGAACCGUGUCAGAUCGAACGAAAAUAACCGAUGAUAACGUGACAGGGUUAAAGUACAUACUAUGCAACAAACUUCGUGACUUUGCCUGAGAACGCAUUCUUAGUUGUUCCAGUAAAGAAACUCGUUCUCGAUGGCUCGAACGCCAGGGCACAAGUGGAUGGUAGCGUUUCGAAAAUUGAUAAACAUUCAAAUAAAUUACUUGAAGUACAGCGGACUUUGGGUAAUCGAUCCAGGACAUCCAUGGUUAUCGAAAAGUGCAUAUUUAGUUUGCAAAGGGUGGACGCUGAGUGCGAUGUACAUAUUUGCAAUUACUCUGUUCGCGGAUAUUUGCGACAACAUAGACAAUUUGUCUAUUACCUCCGACGAUGGAUGUGUCUUCGCCGGGAUAGCUGUCGUGAUUUUCAAAACGAUGAAUUACCAAAUCCGACAGAAGAAGAUAGCAUUGUUUGUCGACAAAGUAUUGAAGUGUUCCGACGAUCUCUGCGAGUUUUCAAAUGAGGAGUCUAUAAAACCCAUCAUCGAUAAGUAUCGACUACGUAUCACGGUUACCUUCUGGGGGUUCAGCGCAUUGGGAUGCGCUUUAGGAUUUCUUCUUCUGUUCGCUUCGCCAAGGCAGAACGAUUUACCAAUUAGAGCAAAGUAUCCUUUUAACACGACAACACCGGGUUGGCACGAGCUUAGUUUUUUUAUCGAAACUUGCGCCGUUAGUGGUGGUCUGGUUGCGAUCGUUGGUAUGGAUAGUAUUACAAUAUAUAUGUCCAGCAUAAUAACCAUGCUUCUCGAUAUUCUAAGCUGCAAUUUCGAAAGUUGCAGUGGUCGAUCGGCGAACAACGUAAGAUCAUUCGCUAUUAUUUAUAUAUGUUCCAAAAGUUUGAUCAAAGUUUGGUUUUACCAGGAAAAUGAAAUUUGCCUUGUACGUAAUUGCGAGGAAAGACAGCGCGACAAAUGGGACUCGAACAAAUUUUUGCAUCGAUACAAAAAUUGUAUUCGAUUUCAUCAACGACUAGUGACCUUGAGCAAGGAAUACAAUAGGCUUUUCAGCUCUAGCAUGUUCGUUCAGAUGCUUUCGAGUACUUCGAUGAUUUGCCUGACCGGUUUUCAAGCUGUCGUGGUCGGAGGGCAGAGCUCGGACAUCAUGAAGUUCGGUAUGUACUUGAGUGCCGCCGUAUCUCAGCUUUUGUACAUCUGUUGGAUAGGAAACGAGCUAAGCUAUUCGAGCUCCGUAUUGGAUAAGAGUCAGUGGCUCUCAGACUGGCAUCACGAACAUUUACCCAGCAUCGUGCAAGUGUUCACGUUGUCAACUAUGUCCACCAGACGGACGUUAACUUUAAAAGCUGGAAUAUUUUUCGUGUUAUCUCUGGAAACCUUCAUCGCAAUAGUCAAAGGAUCUUAUUCGGUGUUCACUUUAUUGAACAAUAUGCAAACGACGGAUCCUUGAUGUCACGAUUCUAUCGGUAUUGAAGGGUAUACAUUGUAGCGUAUCAUGAAAAUACGCUACGAUCUUCCGAGGUAUAGUUCUAUAAAAAGGUACAGUUUGAAAAAUCAUUAUACCUUAGAAAGUUGAUCUCUUAUUUUUGCUAGCAAGUAUACACAAAGUUAGUAUCACUAAUAAGGCAUUAUUAAAUUAUUCCUUAUGAUCCACAUUAUCACGUGUCUUACCAGUCAUGACUGUUUCUACUGCGGCGGUGAACGAAUGCGUUCAUCGAGUGAACACCAACCUAAUAUUUCGGGCAUGACCUCGACCGAGGUCGAAAGCAAGAAUAGAAGUACUAUUUUUGGAAAGCUCAUAAUCGUUAACGAGUCUAUGGCAACCUGUUCCUUCGUCACGCUCGCGAUGAUCCCCACCUCCAUUUAUAGCUUCGGGCCAGCAACCUUGCAAAUUAUGGUCGACGGAACUCUCUCGCCUAGCAUACCACGGAUUUACCGAUUCGUUCUGUUUGUGCUCGCUAAUCGCGUCCAAUAACAGCCAAGAACGCGUUAUAUCGUUGAUGCAUGGUGCUUACGCGUUUUGUAUUAGAUGGCGGUUAGUUAAUUAACUAAAGUUGCGUUUCUUUAGAUGCAAAUUAGCAAACGAUCGUCGCGUAGCUAAUUCACGAUUAGACGCGAACGUAGCCAUGCGUCGAUUAAGUACCGUGAAGAUCACUGCGGCGCUUCGUCGUUAAAUCGAGAACGGGACGAAAUCCAAGGGAAGAUAAUUAAAAAGCGUAAGCGAGGCUUUUACUGCUUCGAAGCUGUCAUUCGUCUCCCUGAAAUACGAGAAUAUUCGUGGUCGACUGGAGUAUCCUGCAACGCGGUUCAUCAUGCUACCUACAGUCUACGCUUCCAUCUGACCGAUUACUAUCACUUUGAUUUAUAGCGUCCUACCUGUUUCGUACAGGGUGUUUCGUUUACCCAGACUAUCAAUAUUCGAAGUAUUUUUGGAUGUCGAAAUAUUUGUUCGCUAAUAGACACAUAUGUCUUUCCGAACGGUAGCUAAAACGAGGGACUUACGAUAGCAUCGAAUUUGUAGGACUUAAUAAAUUUCUUAGAAAUUUAAGAUUACCAUCUAUUAAUCACACUGUCGUUACCCAUACAUCUUUCUACAUAACACCCGAGUAUAUUCUAACCUGCUAUCUAAUUAUCCAGUGAUCUCAUCUUUAAGAUAAAGGGGUUACGCGUCUUUUAGUGAGAACGAGAAGCCAAGGGUUAUCGUCUCAUUUGACGGUGAUUAAGUUAUUUUAUUCGGACGAAACGUUGAAGACACACUUCGCGUAAUAGGAACAAAUUACUCUAUUGUAAGGCAAUGAAAAUUUGACGCGUCCACAUCGAACAUGUUUCAAACUGCACCGACAAAGAAAUAACUCCUGAAUGAAGUUACGCGUACCAUCCAGUAUGGAAAUAAGGAGUAUCGUGAACAUUGUGUCGGAACGUUCUGUAAAUCUUUCUUUGAAUCAACGUCAAAGUCAUGGCUCUUGAUGAAACGCCAUUUAUCGAGGAAUAAUUAAGCAGACGAUGGUACAUACUCGAAUCGGUCGAGCAUAAUUGUCUGGCUUGUUACGAGAUAGAAGCUAGACGAGUUCGCCAAAGCGGAGAGAAGGAAGGAUGAUGGCCGUUGUUCUGGUCGCCUCACCGACGGCACUUGCUUCCUAGACAGAUGGUCGCUUUACCACAUGUUACCUAACUGUAGGCCUUCUUUAAGUACCAUUUCUGUCGCUAGUAUCGCCGCUGCGCUGACUUUGCUUUGUUGCGGCUGAGACUUCUUGCUCGUCGUUUCUUUUCCACGAGAAGGAAACGUACUAAUCAUCCGCGCGCGAGUUCUUGCCAUUUUCACGCGAUCGUGUUUCUUUCGUUUUCGAGAUCGGGGAGAAUUGUUUUCAGUCGAAAAAGCGACGAACAAGUUUUGAUAAACAGUCUUAAUGCGAACGUUAAUUACGAUUUUAUAUUCUUUUUUUAAUCAAGAUGUGGCGAGAACGUCGACUGUGAAAUUUUAUUCCGUUUCCCGCUUACUUCGUUAAAGAUAAAAUUUGUGUUUAAUUUCAUUCUGAAUGUGCUACAUGACAUAAAUAGCCAUUUAUUAAUCUUUCUACCAUUUCAUGGAACGCACGCAAUUUUAUUGUCUAAUAAAGUUUAAUCUCAAGUCGCGGACAAACACGGGGUGUAAUCGAAAUAUUUUUCGAGAAGCUUCAGUUACCGCGUGAACGAUACAUUAAAACAUGAUUCAGGAAUUUCAGAGAUCCUGCCAGAUUCAAGGGUUUCGCGUGUGGUCCUCGCGGAGCGAUCUUUUUCGACUUAUCACGGUGCUUUUUUCGUCGGAAGCAUAAAUUCCGCGUUGAAAUUUUCAUACAGCGCCGGGUUCUUUCUCGAUCUCGUCUGACCCGUGGGUUAAACGCAUCCUUCUUCGUUUCGCCGAGAACACGAUGCGGAACCUCUGUAGGAAGCCGAAUAUCCUCAGAAACUGGAGUGGAUUCGUUAUCGAAGAUUGCCCUCUGUGCCAGUUCUCUUUUCCUCGUUUAUCAAAGUCUGACCCUUUCGUGGCUGAGUUAUACGAGACGUUUCGUAUGAAACAGGUGUCAGGGCGCGAUAAAAGUUAUUGUUCAAUUAAGAAACUACCUUUGAGAUAUAACGCGGUGCCGUGUUAUUAAGAAAAUUAUAAUUACACUUUAUUGCAGUGAUAACGGAAAGAACGAUCAUAAAGCAAUUCCCAGAGCUGCUAAAAUGGUGACAAUUUAAAUUCAAUUUUAGAUUCUAUUUCAUUUACCAAAUAAGAGAAGAAGAUGAGACACUUCGCGGUUGGGUAAAAAUUUAACGGAGCCACAGGAUAGACAAGCGAGGGAAGAGGGAUUAAUUGGACUGGGUUUAAUGAAUUUUUUAGGGCAACCGCACUGGGCACCGUCAUCUCAUCCUCCAAGUUUAAUCAUGAAAAUUAAUAAGCCUGGCACAGUGGGUGUUCCACGAGGAAGGUGAACGGAAAGUGUCACGGUACCAGUUAAUCGUGCAACGAUCGAAUCGCUUGAUAAAUCGUAAUAACGACGUAUAUGAGACCAGAGGUUACAUGGAAACUACAGCAAACUCGAUCGCGUUGAAGCUAAAAAAUGUAUCAGGAAAUCGUUCUUAUUUAAUUGCUAUCGAUUUACGAUAAGUGAAACAUAAUUAUAUGGAAAAGGCAAAUUUUCUUCGUUUAUUAAUUAAUUGACCAUACUGGUUAUUAUCGUUUCGUAACUCUCGGCUUCUUUGUGAGCACCUUGCAACGGUUCCCGACCGAGCAGCCUCGUGCUAAAUCACCCCAAUAAUACACAAAAUCGCGACGGUCACGGAUGGAAAUUCGAUCGAAAUCGCGUUGAUUAAAAUUCCAAAGUAAUGCGGCAAGAAGCGCGUUAUAACCCACGUAACUCGCGUGUUUCUUUUCGACGGAUCAUAAUGAAUGUUUGAGGGCUACUCUCAUCAAACAGGGUCGCGAUUAUCGUCGCUGCACCGGAAGAGUGCUCGAUGAAAACGAAAAAAUACCAACGAUUACCCGUUAAUUACCUUCCGGGUGGUCAAGCCAAUAUUCACCCGUUGGCCAGGUAUCCUCGUGGCCGAUCAUACGAAUAAAAACGGCAUCUUUGAUUGUGCAGCCCAUGCUCUUCCCCUGAUUUGACCAUGUAAUCGGACGAUCGGUGCAAUCAUAACACUAUGGACGAAAUCUUGAACCGUUUCUAUAAAAAACUCUGGAGAGUGUAGGAUGUCACGUAACGGGGCUAAUUCUUCGAUGCAAGCAAUUCUGAACGCUGGGCUAUCUUUAGCCGUAGUAUUCGUAAUACGUGUUCUAGCGUAAAAGAAAAAUCUCAGUCACCAUCUUGUUCGUCUAAGUUAAACCUUGAACCGGGGGUAAUUACGCGCGAAGCUUAUUACACCGAUUCCCAAUGAAGUUACGAUAUAAGGUAUUCUUCGCGAAGAACUGUUCGUUUCGAAAAUGGUCGUCGAUCGUUAAGUUCGAGAGUUUGCUGGCGACCAGUGCUCUUUAUAUUAACCGUGAAAAGAUGUUAUCGAUUUUCCCCGGGUGAAGAUCGUUUUACAAAUUUUUAUAGCGAGCGGAGUUCGUGAAUAAAUUAAUCAUUCAUCGUUGGAGAGGCGAGCAAGCACGAUCCGUCUGCACGAAACGAUGAAAGAACAUUUCGGGUUACUUUAGGAACAUUUCUCACUUCUCCUGGAAACGAUACUCACCGGCGACACUUAAACGCAGUCUAUCUUAUCCUUCGUAUAAAUAAUCUUCGCUUAAAUAUCGUCGAACGUUGUAAAUUUUGAUAGCUGGAACAUUUUUGCCGGCAACCGGCCGAUGGCUAUGUAACCAGCCAUUAAAAAUUUAUCAUCGAGCCGAUGCUUUAUUGGAUUCUUCAUUGGCCAGGUGAAAUUAUAGUAGUUACGCACGCACAUCAAGUUUUUCUCUUUUUUUAUGCGGCCUUCGGGGAUCAAGCGGACAGCUACUUGUUGAAACGUUUCGUUCAAAUCGCCGCAUAAAAUAUCAAUUAACAAGCUACCUUUAUCUUAUCUACCGUGACUCCCCGUGUACGUGUCGCUUUUUCAGUCGUUCUUUUUUUUCUUACGAUAUCGAACGCAACGCGUGACGAUCGGCAAUUUGUUGAAUGUUAGUAUCGAUCAGUCGUUUGCGUAAUCGUAGCCUCUUAAUUAGUAGACAAUUUCUUCGGCUGUUUCGAUACUUUCGGUCAUCUUACGGUGAUUAUAUCGGAGAAGGGAGAUAAAGAGAAAAGAGGAAGUAGUUGUAGGUAAAACUACUUAAGAGGCUCGAGCCUUAGGCAUGGGACAGUAAAAUUCUUUCCUCCCCUUGGAAAGCGUUUACGAUGAUUUUGAUGGAGUUGCAUUUUCUUCGAGUAUCUCCAGAGUUGUAAACACAGGUGUCGAUAAAAUUGUCUGGUCGAUGUGGAAAAUCGCCUAUCCAGCGUGCGAAACAUUGACUCGCGAUCGGCUACGAAUUCGGGGAACGAUUGGAAUGUAAAACGACGUUCCGCAUAGUUUGUUCACGGUUAUGAUUCCGAUUAUGAUAGCCUUUGAUAGUCUGCGAACUAGAAACUGGGCCUAGCUGUCUGCUCGAGUAGGUACGUGUUCGUCCGUGAACGACGUUGCCGAUCGGGAAAAUCGUCACGAUUUUUCAAUUUUUUAUCGCCAAUACGGAUCACUAAACGCAUCGCGUUUCUUCUUAUGUCCUCGAAGUAGAACAACUCGACGUUUACUUUAAAACAUUUUUAGCGAGGGUACACCAGUUUUCGAGAAAGCGUAAAAAGAUCGAAAUCUAUAUACGAUUAGACAUUAUCGAUCUGCGCACGUUUCUCCUUCAAAAUACGAACAAAUGGCAGACGACAGCAAUAACGAUUGAUGGGGCGAAUCGUACAAUUCUGAGAGCGUUCGCAGCCUAUUCGAGAAAGGAUGUCGAUAAAAAUUGAUCACCGAGAAAGGAUGAUGUCAGUCUACCGCGAUCGUUAGAAGACAAUACAGCAACGUAUACCAAGACGGUUACCGCUUC